GGCUGAUAGCAGUUAGACCUCCUGUGUUCACUUAGUACCUCAUCUGCGUGGUCUCACAUUUCUGCAGAGAACUGCGCUGGCCACAAGGAGUUUUGGGAGUUGCAGUUAAAACGUCUGAAAGUAAUUGUUAAAGGUUUCGAGAAACGCUUUACAUUGUGCUGAACUACUGGCUUUUAGCAAGGAAAAUGCGAUGUUUUUUUAUAUCCGUUUUCGUCGUUUAUGCUGAACGUAUUUAAUGCGACUCUUUUUUUUAAUUAAAAUGACUUAUCGAAUAUUAUUCAGACACCGUGGAAUAUCUGUCUUCCUGAAAAAUCUCCAAAUUCUGGUUUUCAUCAACUUCAUUGUGGUGCCGCCUUCUCUCGGUGAAAUUUACACUUCUGUGGUUAAUGUGCAGAAAGCCAUUUCUGUAGAGAAAGAGCUCCUAAGCCAUUUAAGGACCUAUAUUGAGGAUGAAACCCUCAGGCUGAAUGACAUCAAAAGAUUCUAUGCGAAGGUGGCAGACCUGCACAGUCAUGUGUAUCACAGUCCAGUGGCAGCAAUGGCUAAUCCUCUGGUGGCAUACACGUUGAUUAAGCGCCUGCAGUCUGAGUGGCUCAAUGUGGUUCACAGCAAUGAAGCCCACGAGAACUCCCAAGCCUUCAAGUCAGGCUUUGAGAAAGAGGAGGGCCGCCUGCCCAACUUCGAAGAUCUGGAAGGGGCUGCCAAGGGGCUGAUGAGGCUCCAGGAUGUGUACUCUCUCCGUGUGGAGGGGCUAGCGAAUGGACUGUUCCAGAGGGUCACUGCAGGUCAGACAAUGGACAUUUACAGACCUGCUGUCAUCGUCCCCCUCUCAGGAGACGACUGCUUCCAAGUUGGAAAGGUGGCCUACGAGAUGGAGGACUUCUAUCACUCCGUGCAGUGGCUGGAAGAGGCAGCUCGCCUGUUUCGCAGGGCUCAGGGUGAGUGGAUUACUGAAGAUGAAGGAAACCUGAAGGACACCCUGGACCACCUGGCCUACUCUCACUUCAAGACGGGAAACAUAUCCUACGCUUGGGUUCUCUCCCAGGAGCUCCUGCGUUAUGAUCCUUCCAAUAAAAGGGUUUCCCGGAACAUUGAAAAAUAUGAAAAACUCCUUGCUGCAUCUCCACCCAUAGAAUCCCACCAUACUGUCCUGCAGAGACCAAACUCCACUUACUUGCACACAAGACAUGUGUAUGAAAGGCUGUGCCAGACUCUGGGGUCCCAGCCAAAACAUUAUGAAAACCCCGGGCUGUUCUGCGAUUACUUUACUAACGGCAACCCAGGUCUGAUUCUCGAGCCAAUGAAACGAGAGGUCGUCAGCCUGGAACCAUAUGUGGUUCUAUACCACAGCUUCGUCAGUGAUGCGGAGGCUGAAAGUGUGAAGAGCUCUGCAGAACCAGGAUUGAGAAGAUCAGUGGUGGCCUCUGGAGAGACGCAGUCUGCAGCAGAAUAUCGCAUUAGUAAGAGUGCCUGGCUAAACGACACAACACACCCUAUUGUCAGGAGGCUUGACCAGCGAAUUACUGCACUGACCGGAUUAACCGUGCAGCCACCAUAUGCAGAGUACCUCCAGGUGGUGAAUUAUGGGAUUGGUGGACAUUAUGAGCCUCACUUCGACCAUGCCACUUCCGAGUCAAGCCCAGUCUACAAGCUCAAAACAGGAAAUCGUUUGGCAACGUUUAUGAUCUAUCUCAGUUCUGUGGAAGCAGGUGGAUCCACGGCAUUUAUCUACGCUAACUUCAGUGUUCCAGUAGUGAAGAAUGCAGCCGUUUUCUGGUGGAAUCUGCACAGAAAUGGCCAGGGCAAUGGGGAUACUCUCCACGCAGGCUGUCCUGUCUUGGUUGGAGAUAAGUGGGUGGCCAACAAGUGGGUACACGAACAUGGCCAGGAAUUCCACAGGCCCUGCAGCUUCGACCCGGAGGAGUGAGGAGGGGGCCAUGAGGCAGUGGGACCGGUUGGAGUACAAGAUCCAGCCUCAGAGCCGGAGCUGCUGGGGAGAGGAGGGGGAGGGACGGGGUGGUGGGGGAGAGGCAGUUUCGAACAAGCCUGCCAAACUGAUUGGAGGGGCCCGCUGGAGGACGGGGCCGUCUGGAUAGGGCUGGAUGGGAAUCUGGCCAGAAGCCAGCCAGGCAGGGAGGCAAGCGGGCAGGAAGGCAGCCGGCAUGCCUCAGCACUCAAACUUCCCAGGAGGAAUGGAGGAGGGAUAGAUGGGAUGGUCUUUGCUUUCCUGUUCAUUCCCUGGUGUGGGCGAGGACUCUACUGUCAGCCCCUGGCUCUUCUGUUCCACGAGGCCGGCUGUCCCAAGAAUUGCGCUGCACAUCGACAGCAGCUUGUGGAGGGACAAAUUUAAGCCUGAUGGUUUUUGUUGAGUUCUUUUAUGAUUUGUGAAGGAAGACAAAAUUGCAGGGUUUUAAAAAAUAAACAUCUUUUGUUUACCUGCAAGAAUUUCUAAAAUGACUUUGGGUUUCUAGCAGAUUUUUAUUUCUAGCAGUUUCUAUGCCUGAACAAAAACCAGAUAAUGCAUUAGAAUGCACAUUUCUAUUUAUGGCUACAUUAAUGCUUUCAUGUAGAUUUACAUCUUUACUAAAAUUACAGUGUUAACUGUGAUACGUGUUUAAAACAAUGGUUGAUCCCUUAAGAAUAUUUUGAUAUGUUACUGUGCAUGUUCUAAGAUUGCUGCCUGUCUUUUCCAGCUUUAAGCCUCAGCUAUCCUUUCAUCAAAAUACUUUUCUAACACUUGUCAGGGUUUAUGUCAUGCAUGUGCCCCCUUAAUAGGAAAAACAUCUGCUCUGUCCUUUCCUUGACCUAAAACGGUUUUCUGUAGAUGUCUGUCUGAAAGCACAGAAUUAUAACAGUUGAAGAAAACUUGCCAGACACUGCAGAAGCAACGCCUUAACCCAUGUUGAAAAAUGGGUUAUAAAUCAAACCAGAAGCUAGUCUGUGCAUACAACAGGGAGUGAAGCAGAUAUGUUUUUCAUUCGUUCUUCAGUACUGGUGAGACUGGAGGCAACGUAACUGGACUCAUUCUUAUGAACUUCUCCAGGGCAACCACAACAAAAAGCGAACAGGAGAUACAAAGCUAAUCCUUGUCUGUGGCUGUGUAAGCAAUGAUUUAAGUUUUCUGACAUGGUGCCUCUGAGGCAGAACAAUCAUAGCACUCAGAAACAGCCUAGGCUACUGGUAGGAAUGCUUGUCCUCCAGCCACAUUCCAAAGUUUUAGUGCCUGACUAUUCCAUCAAAAAUGAAUAACAGCCUUACUUCAUUUGACACGCCAAUGAGAGGAGUGGACUAGAUUAAGGCCUCACAGACUGUUAAAACUGAAGGGGGGGGGUUUACACCUGUGGAAUUCUCUGAAAUACUAGUAGGGAGAGAAGCCAAGAAGAAAAGUCAGAUGACGGUUUUAAUGUGUUGAUUUUUUUAUUAACCCACUGACAAAAAAAUAGCGAGGUGCGCAGACAAAAGCAUUUAGUCAGUAUGACUCCUAGUCGAAAUAGUCACAGAAGAAGCUGUAAAAAAUAAAACAAAAUAUUUAGCAUAGAUCAGACUCAAAAGGCAAUAACAUUUUAGCAUAGUUGAAUAAUUAUUGUCCUACAUUAAGGUUUCUGUGUAGCAUAAAUGUGAAUUUAUCUUAGGUGAUGUAGAGGGUAAAUUGAUUUUAUUGUAUUGUAUGCUCAUGUUAGAGACUUUUGUGCCAUUCAAAGUGGCUAACUACUAAUUUUCUCACUACUGGAAUGUGUAGCAGCAGCUGACCUCCACUAGUCUCAAUUGCGCCCUCUACCUGUGUGUGUCAUGUUUUUCCACAGCAAUGCUGAUGAUGAUUUCAUUUCCAGGAGUCUUAGGGUCAAAACCACAAUACCUAAGGCCACAGCCCCUGGACUCUGACAAAGCCUGUCUUUUUGGUUGUCAUUCACGGUUUCCCCUUUCGCUGAUUGUGCGUUCUUGUGGGCUAGACGGCACCAAUUCAGAAAUCCUAUGAAACCUCUCCAGAUGGAAAAAAAAAACACAUCGUAGUGAUGAGUUGGAGAACUAUUAAACAUAUUCCAGGGUUUGGGGUUCUUGGUGUUGUCAAACUGAGAUUGAGACACCUUGUCAGUAAAAAUAUAUUUUAGUUGAAGUAGCCAAAGCAAAAUUAAAAUAACAGGAAGUUUACAUGUAAGACUUCUUUGCAAGGAUGAGUUUAGUAACCGCUUCUGGAAUAGAUUCUAUUGCAUGUUGCAUGGGUCAGAUCUCUGGUUUACAAGGAAUAGUAGGACAUAAAUUCAUACUGAUUGGUUUUUAACUUUUUGUCAGUUACUAGUACACCAGCACAUGGUAAUCAAGUUGCGACAUUUUUUCCGACAAAUACUACCUGUUAUCUCUGCAGGCAGAUCACUUUGGAACAUUUCUGCAGUGAAAUAUCUGCUGCACAACUUGUACUUUUUCCACUCGUAGCACAGUAGCGCAUUAGUCAUGACCGUGACUAGCGAGCAGGAAGGGCUGCAUCACAAGGCAAUUCGCGCGAACCCUCGCUUUGGCUGCUCAAAGUUCACGAGCUCGUGCUUAAUUUGAAAUUUGUAAAAUCUUUCUAAAUCAACAGUGAAUUUAUUUUAUUACCAAGAUUUAAUACCCAGUUUGAGAAAUUGGGACUGCAGUUGCCAUUUAAAUCAGUACACCCCAGGUGGUAAUAAUUACGCUGGUAUUGAUGCCUUACCUUUAAUCUUCUGCUGAGUUUUUUUAUGACCUUGAGACCCCGGGUGGAAGCUGCCAGUUCAGAACUGAUGGCUUGUGCUUUGUCUGAAGUUAAUUACACUUAGGCCAUAGAGACAAAUUACAUGUAGGCUUCUUUGAUGUAAUCUAAAAUAUACUAAGGAAAAGCCCUAGAAGUGCAGUUUUCACGGAAUGGAGUAGAGGUUAAAGCCCUGGAUCUCCAGUCAGGGGGUUGUGGGCUGAGAUAUCAACCGAGAACCUGCUGUUGUACCCUACAGCAAGGAACGUCUCUUAACCUGCCCCGGGUAAGAUCCCACUGUAUAAAUGAGUACUCUCCAUCAUUGUAAGUCAGCAUUUGUUGUCAGGUGAUAUACCGAUUUAAAUAAUCAAUCUUUCCUGCAAAAUACGCAUGGCAUGAGAGAUGUUUUAUUAAAAUACGUGCUCUGUGGGCAUAGACUGUUCUCUGUUCACCUUGAAUGGGUAUAAAGUCUAAUAAUGAAGUCUUAUAUAUUUAGCGAGGCAGUGUUCACAUUGCAAAGGAAAAAACCAUUGGGUUUUACUUUCUAAUAAGAAUUGUAAUGUUGUUCUGUCUCAAUGAGUGUAGUAUGAUCAAUGUGCUCACCAACACCUUGGUUUGCACCACCAUAUGAUUUCGGAGCCCAUACCAUCCACCAAACACAAGUAACCAGAAUUUUCUGAUAAAAGCGUUUUCCCAUCUAGAAACGCUCUUCCAGGGAAAGCAGGAAAACAGAAUGGAAGCCAUUGAUCACUCUAAGAAGCCUCUCUAGAAAUGAAAUUUAAACUCUGUGUGAAACAAGGAAGUUUAUAGCUACUAUUGUGUUGCUAUGGAGACAUACUUCAGUACAAAUGAUGGUGAUUAUUCAGCUCGGCCCAAAGUAGAAAAGACAAGAAUCCAGUAUCGGUAACUUACUGUUUAAGCUAUAGAAACUGUAAGUUAAUUGUUAAUUAACUGUUAAUUGUUAGUGCUAUAGAAACUAUAUAUAGUAUAUCUGUCACUGACUUGGAAAUAUCCCUUUGUUUUUGUCCCUCAGAGAAUUGUCAGCUCUUCUAGGUUUUGGCCCAAGGUACCCAUCAACCAGGCAAAGGAAGAAUUUGCAUGCAUCUUAAAAAUAAUUUAUCUUUACCAGCCUACCGUAUGUGUGUGAAGUUCUAAACUCAGCCCAAAAUAUUUAAGAUAGCAGUAAUGUAAGCAUCAAAAUAAAACUUAGAAAAAUAUUAAAUAUUAAAAAAUAUAUUUUUAGGUUUCUUAUAGUUAACUUAAGUUGCAGUGUUUCAAACCUUUAAGAAUCCUAAUACUUAUAUAGUGCUUUUCUGGACACUCCACUCAAAGUGCUUUACAGGUAAUGGGAACUCCCCUCCACCACCACCAAUGUGCAACCCCACCUGAUCUAUUUAACAUCUGUCACUAGGGCAUACUAUGACUGCAAGCGUAUGAGUAAAAGGGGUUUAAAACACAGCAAUUAAAUUCUGUUUGUUUGCUCUAGGUAUAGACAUUUUGAUCUUCUGUUCUGAAAUCAGCGUAAAAGGUUUACCAUACACCUGUGGGGAGGAACAGUCAGUAAAUCAACUUUGUAACAGAGCUCACACUUGCAGCUUCACUGCAGACUUGCAUUGGUCCCAGAAAUACUUCGCCAAGUCAAAGGCCAACUUUUUAAAGGUGUGUUGUUUAGUCAUGUCUAAUUCUCCUGUUAAGUAAAAUUUUUCUGCUAGACAUGUCAACUUAUUACUUUAUUUUUAACAUUUACAUACAGUAUGUUUAUCACAAAAAAAUUAAACUGGGAUAAUCAGUUAUAUGCCUUGUUUAAACUGUUUAAGUUUUAAGGUGUAUGAUAUCUAUAAGGUGAUAAGAUAUAAGGUGUAUGAUUAAAGCCAAAAUACAAAACCUAUAAACUGCUGC